GAAAGUUCAACUCAUACUGGCUAUUGUAUUAGUAAACUUUAAAGUUAUUCCUGAAUAAUAGUGACAAAUUCAAAAUGGUCCAAUGUUCUAAUCGUUCGAGUGUUAAGUGUAUUUCAUUUAAGUUAUCUCGUGUUCGAUUUGUCAGUAAACCAGAGACACAAUACCAAGAAUUAAUCGUUACUGGUAGUUGGUUAGAGGAGGUGAAUCGUCUUUGUUUAUGGCAGUAUAGCAGUGAUCCAUCUGUUAAUAAUCAUGAUGAAACAGUUAGACCUAUGUCAGAGAAGGAGGAUUGUACUACUGCUGGUGUCCUCGGUGAUACUGUUGAUGAUCCACGUUUAUUAUGCUCUCUUGUUCAUCCGGGAUCUGUUCAAGAUUUGAAGGUUCAUCAUCCAAGUAAAAUUAUUUUUUCUGCCAGUUCUAAUGGUACUCUACAAUUGUUUCAAGCUUGUCAUAUUCAACCUUGUCUAGUUCGAUUAUCUGCAAAUAAUUGGAUGCCUUUUGGAGAAAAUAUUUUAUGUGGUAAUAUUCCAUCAGCUCUAUCUAGUUUAGCAAUUAACACUGAUGGUCUACAUGUAUAUGUAAGCAAUGAACUUGGUCAAUUAGCUAUUGUUCAAGUAAAUCGUAUUCCUAAUUUUCAGGAAACUGAUCAUAUCAAAUUUAGUAAUGAUGCAAUAUUAACGUCAGGAGCAGAUAUAUCUACAGUGAAUGCACUUGAACGUGUAGAUAAUUCUACCUUGGCUAGUGUCAAUCAAUUAGGUCAAUUGAAGCUAUGGGAUUUACGUACCGGCUUGAAUAAACCACAACGUAGACUGUUACGUCCUGGAGAUACCCAACCUUUAUUAUGUCUGAGCCAACAUCCUGGACAACCUCAUCUUUUAUCUGUAGGUGGUGUUAAUUCCUCUAGUGCAGCUGCUUAUAUAUGGGAUUUACGAGCUGAACAAUAUCCAUUAACUGAAGUAGCCUGUGAUGGUCAAUAUAUAUGGGAAACUGCUUUUCAUCCACGUCAACCGAAACAUUUAUAUAUGGCUACGGAAACAGCCGGUUUAUUACGAAUUAGUAGUCGUGAUGAAUCAGUCUUAUUUCAUUGAAUCUAGGUUAAUUCUAUCAGUAAUGCCUUGGUACAGCCGAGAGUGAGGAGAGUCAUUUCUCCCUCCAAAUGGUUUCAUAUGACCACGUGCAAUAUAGCCACUCCCAGGGAAAUCGAACUCACUGUUUUCUCUCUGCGGUGGUGUUGUUGACGAAACUGAAAGGAUGAAAAGCGAAUGUCCGGGACUUAAACUGGGUACGAAACACCCAUCUAGAGGGGGUUGGAAAACCCUAAUCCCAAACCAAUGGUGCACAAGGGCUCCAGAAUCCUGAGGAAAUAAAUGAACCAGAUCUCUAAGUCAAAGGCUCAGGGAGUAGUUCCUUAAGGAAACUAGCUGCUUCGGUUUCGACAAGGAGACAGUAUCCCAACAAUUACACAUUUGUGUAGCCUAUAUAUACCCCUUUGUACCAAUGUUUGUGCUUAGAUAAACGAUUUGUCAGUAAAUAUAAAUCUCAUUGUUAAACCCGACUAUUUCACUAACUAAAGUUUGUGUUGAUAGAAUUACUUUUAACUUCUCCGAUAACUUGGUGUUUUAUCCAUAAUGUUACAAGAAUGGCAGACAUCAGCAUGAAGUAUCAAGCUUCUAUGCGACAUCAAUCUUGUUAACUUAUAUUACUUAGUUCAUUUUACUAUGAUAUGCUAUCAAUGUUAUAAAUUCGUUUUUUUUUAAAAAAAAACUACUCUGUAUUUCAAGACUCAUGGAUUGGAUUCAAAGGUUCACGUCGUAAGUUAACUGUAUCAUCUGCUCUACCCGAAGAUACAUCAGCUAGAAAUGUUAUUUCUUUUGAUAUUUCCAAUAAUCUUCUAGUUUGUGGCCAUUCAGAUGCUGUUUUACAAACUGUUCCUUGUAGUGUGUAUUUGUAUUAAAUGUGGAAUAUUACUAUUAUCAUUAAAAUGAGUAUUUUAUCGCCU